AUCAGGAGAGGGCAUCAAGGGCAUCUGGAGUGUCCUGGUGAAGAGGGCCAUGCAGCUUUCCAAGGAAAUGCAGAUCCACUCUGAGCUGCAAGGUGUUCUAGGCAAAAACCCCAGUGCAGUGUCUACAAUGAAGGAGCUGAAGCUCCAUUGUGGCCAGGACAUCCACCAAACCCUUGGAUGUUUUGGGGAAAUUGUGACUAAGCAGGUCCCGUUUGCUCGGCUAAAUCUGAGAAAGACUCAAAUCAAUCCUCCCCAAUCUUCUCUGGAACAGCAGAGAAAUGGCAGAGCAUCCUCAACAUUGUCACCUUCAUCCCAGGAAACCUCCAGUAUGUCAGCAGGAAAUGCUCCCCUCUCCCAAUGUCAACCAACACUAAUGCCCUCGCUUUCUUGCCCCCGGUCCUCCCCCUAUCCCCAUGAACCAGAGAGACUGUCAUUUUACCACUUUUCCCCUGACUCUCGCGGACUCUCUUUACAGGCACUAUCCUCUUCCCGCUCUGACAGCCCUCUGUCCUUGUCCUCUACGUCUGCUGUGAAUGCAACAGGUCCCCAGCGAUGUGCUGUAAACACGGAAAACAAAGACUGCUAGUCAUUAUCAGGGAUUGCACUGGACACCCCUGUCCCAUAUCACGGGUAUCAGGGUGGCUCCUCAAAGUCUGACCUGAAGGUGGAACUUGUUUCCCGGGCCUUUCAUGUCAAAAGGAAAGCAGGGGAUGAAAAUGUGGGUCCUCAAAUUAAACGAAGUUGUUUGCAGCCCUUGAAGGUACCAGCGGACUCCUCCUGUGAGAGGGUUCCCCCUAUAGGUACUGAAAAGCAGGCUGGGGAUGUGGCUGCUACCGUUGUCAUAGAAAGAGAAGCUAUACCCAACAUUACGGACCAGAAUGCAACGGCUCCAGUGUAUGGACAAGAAGCUACUAAGGCUUCAGGCAGCCGUCAAUCAAAUCUGGUUGUUGGCAGGAGUGUGAAGACGGCCAAUCAGGUGGUUUUAGCUCCCUUCACACUCCCUGUCACCGGGAACUCCGUCACUUGGGGCAUGUCACCAGCUAAUGCCACUCUUUUUCCUGGUACUGUGAACACUCCCCCCAGCUUUGGAUGUGUAAGGGCUGUCCCCCCAUACUUGGUUUUGUCCAACAGCGCUCCAGUUUCUGGUCCCACUGGCGCUGUGGGCAGGCUUGACAAUGGAAGCCUGGUCUUCAUUUGUAAUGACGUGCCCUUUUCCAACAUCUUGAGAGAUGUUAGAGGAGGUCAAAACCAAGUGCUAGCUGGUUCUGUCCCAGGAGGACUCCGCCCACCAUGUCUGCCAGACCCCACCUCUCCAAAGAGCCCUAUGGAAGCUCCUCAGUCACAGUCCACUGGUCCAAUAUAUCCCAUCAGAAUUUUUCAACGGGUAAAGAAUAUUUCAACAGUCCAGGACACCAAGCAGCCCACCCAGAAUGGCACUGCUCAGUCAGGAUUGUGCAGAAAGGAUGAAGCCGCCUCUACUCUCCUCGUACACACCGCUAAUGCCCAGGCAGACUCUGUACAAAUGGAAAUUUCCAAGUCAGAUGAUGACCUCAUCCAGGCAGACCCAAAUCCAACAGUCUUUGUCAUGGAAAAAUCCACGGAGAUAGACAUUGUCCAUAAUAAAACUGCCCAGCCAGAUUUUGUCCAGAAUGAGACCAGCCAGGCCGAACUUGUCCAGACUGCAUCUGACCAGACAGUACUUUUCCAGAAUAAAACAGCCCAGAUGGUAAUUGUUCCUUCUCAAGUAGUUGGAAUCCAGGAGGAACAAACAUUACGGCCAGUUACAGGCCCAAUGGAGUCUGUGACGACAGACAUGCCUAAACCUGCACAAACUGUGCCUGUCCAGAUUAACCUUGUGCAUUCUAACACUGUCCAAAGCGACAUUGUGCAUACUGAAACUGACCAGACCUACUUUGUCAACGUAAGCACACAAGUAUCUGGGAUCACAAUCAAGGAAGAACCGCCAGCCACAGACAGCUUAUCAGUUACAGGGUUAAUGGAACCCAUCAGAGUGAUUAUGCCUGACACACUACCUACUGAAACUGUCCAGACUGACCCUGUCCGCACACAAAUGGUUGUGACUGAAAUUGUCCAAAGGGAUGUUUUCCAGCCUGAAACGGUGCAGACGGACUCUGCCUUCAUUGAAACGGUGCAGACAGACUGUGCCAUGGCCGAAACCCUGCAGAAUGAAAUUGUCCAGUCAAACUUCAAUGAGACUGAAACCGUGCAGACAGACCCUGUCCUGACUGAACCAGUUUAUGCAGUCCAGAUAGACCAGAUGGAACCAGUCCACAGUGAAACUGUCCUUACCGGCAUUGUGCAGACUGCGACUCUGCAGAGGGACCUAGCCGUAACUGACUGCACAGAGAUAAUUCAGACAGACAUGUCAACCACCAAUGAGGUAUCCACAAAUGACACUGUCAAUGUGGUCAGUGUCCCCAGCUGCACUAAGGAAGUUGAACUUGACCUCACCCUUGACCUCAGCAAUGAUUUCUGCUCUCCGAUAGUGGAGGAAGAUGACAAUAUGGCUGAUGUUGAUGUCAGUGCUGCUGACUGUAUUGAAGAGACUGGGUGCCAGGCAUCUGUUCGACUUAAUAGCAGAUUUCCCCAGGUGUCUUUGCUUUGGAUGCCCAUCCUUGACGCCCAUGUUAGCGUCCCGCCAACCCGCUUCCGCCUCCUCCCAGGGGUCAAAGGGCAGCAAACUAUCGUUCAGGUGAUACAGACGGACGCGCCGCAAACAGCUUGCCCACAUGAUGCUGUCUGCCAUCUGCCCGGUACAGUUGAAACCAGGAUUCAUUCGUAAAGAGCAUACUUCUCCAGCUUGUCAAUGGCCAUCGAAAGUGAGCAUUUUCCCAGUGAGGUCGGUUCCGACUCAACUGCAAUCAGUUCAAGACCUUGUGAGAGCUGGCAGUGUAUGCUGUGCCGGGACCUCUCUGAUCUGGCGUUGCUGCAGGACUACAGUGGGACUGACGGGGGACUGUAUGUGCCCUCCUGACCAAAUGAGAUGUGAGCGCUUACUACUCGUCCUUUUAUGCAGAAAGUGCAGCGUUGUCCUCUACAGACCAGCCAAGCUCUCUUCCCGGUCUUCUCACUACAUUGACAUCACCAUGAUACGGGGACAGUUGCUACGGAAACUGGUCCCCGUUACUGCACCCGGUCGGAAUUUGUGUCCGAUGUCUGGCUUCUCCUCCACACACUGUUGAAGAGCGUGAUUGUGAGGAGACUCACGACGGCUGUGUCCAUGGCUCAGCUCACCCUGAUUUCCUAUAGAGAAAUGCAUAUGAUGGCUACAGUUCCAUAUUCAGUGGACUGAUUUCAGGCAUGUUUUGGGAAGGAGCUGGGCAAAACGUUUGAGGGGACCCUGCACUCUUAGCUGCUCGUCAAUCCCCACCAAGGGGAAGCGGAGGAGGCGGAACAAGAGGGGGACAAGGAGAAAGUGACCAUGAGGAAGACUCCGAGACCUCUCGAGGUAGAGCGUGCAGGCAAAGACAUUUCACGCAGGACGAAAUGAAAGAUAAAGAAUGUGAAACGAAUCCUGUCUUUUUAUGUAUUGAUUUGAAUUGCUUGCUGAACAUGUUUGUACAGUUGCCUCCAAAUAUAUUGGAACCACACUCAUCUUUAAAAAAUUCUGUUUUCUAAAAUAACAUUUCAUUUUCUGAAAAUUGUUUUUUGGCCACAACUGUAGUUGGUUAAAAACAUUGGGGAUAAAGUGUUUCAAGUGUUUGUGUGUGCAUCUUUUAUAUUUCGUAUCUAUUUACAAUAAACAUUUGUUUGCA